GCGACCGUCACGCCCUCUGCCGGUUCCUGGAUCUCUGAGUUGCAGUGAAGCAUGCUGCCUCUGAGGUCUGUGGACCGGAUGUUAUAGUCAGUGUUGUCCUUCUCCCCUCAGUCUACAAACUAUGCUCAGUCCUCUCUUUUUGGCUGCCACUCUUUUACUUCUUUCUGCCUUCGCCCAUAACACCGCUAAUGCUCAGGUAGCUGUUAACGGCCAAAUAUUCACAAACGGUCUCGCUAUCGUCGAUGCACCUCAGCCAGGAACCACUCUGCACGCUGGAGCAACCCAAAGUGUUGCCAUAGACAUCAGCGGAGACGGUCACCUCCCUGCAGACUCCGGCCCUGGCUCAAGCUCGGCGACUCAUUUCGACAGCCUCGAGAUAUACCUCACGUCCUAUGCGACGUCCCUCAAUCUAACGGUAUCGUCGGGGCCGGUCUUGCUCACUCAGGAGCCUGGGAGCACCGUCAAGCAUGUCAACUGGCUCAUAGACUCGUGUAUACCCUCUGGGAACUAUAAUCUGACCUUCUACGAAGGCUCCCACAUUAACUCGGAGGCGUUCUUCAUCAUUACUCCGCUUCCUAUCGAGAUUCAGAAUACUAAUUCAAACCCAGGCCAGUGCUCGAACGGCACAAAUCCUAUCCAAUCGUAUCCGCAAGCCCAAGUCGCGCCAUCUCACAGUCCGUGGCUCGACGCAAACAACUCUACUUCAAACGUUCAGUACCCAAGCGUCGCAGAUGCAGCCGUUGGGCUAGCAGUGUCACCGAUUGCGGCAGUCGCGAUGUCGUUCCUCCUUUAUUCUCUCUUGUGACUGGAGCCUAGUAAUCUGCUCUUGGUGUGUUGAUGUAGUGCCUUUACGCGCAGUGAUCAACGGUAGAGAGUGACCGUAAGCGCACCUCAUGGAUAAUCUCGCCUUGUUGGACGCCGACUCUACCCUCCUUAAGUGCUGAUACUUUAAGCUGCGGAUGAUUCUGUCCAGGCAAUAUCGCACGCGUUGUGCUUAAUGUGCUUAACCUUGCGGCGUGGCGCCGUACCAGUACUUACCGAUAUGUGGCGUACUAGCGGAAGUACGUUCUGCAUUUCCUUUUCCUAUAUCCUAUGAUUGCGCUCCCUGUUUCAUAACGC